ACAGGGACGCGAAUCGUAAACAAGACGUAAAAAACAAUGCAGGAUUUUUCUUCAACGGUGUCGUAUAGCCCAAGCUUCAGUUACUACGCUUCCGGUGAAUUCGCCGCCGCUGCAGUUAAAGUUUCCCGCGAAAACGAAAGCUACAAUAUCAGAGAUCAUGAGUCCGUUAAAGUCAACUCCGUCAAUGACGAAGACGUUGACUUCGAGUUUGAAACGUCGCCGUUACAUGAAGAAACCUUCGUCCACUUCCCGACGUUCAAAACCAACGUCGUUUCCACUACUAACAAGACAGACAAAGAAGCCGCCGCUGAAAAAAUAUCGGAGCGUUUCCCCGGAAAUUGUCUGUGGAGUCCACUCAGAUCUCCGGCUGCUUCGAAACACUCAGAAUCAUCUACUAGCACACCGAAACGGUGCCGUUUGAAGAAAUUUCUAACGAGAAGUCAUAGCGACGGUGGUGUUUUGCCCUCAAGUGCAUCAAAACGGUGCUAUACUUUUAAGGAUCUUAAGCGGAGGAGCCACAGCGACGGCGGCGGCGACACCAGUAAGAGGAGCUCGCCGACCGUGAAAGUUAAGAACAAAACGGUGUCGUAUAAGGUCGGGGAAGGUGACAAGAGAAGAAAAUCUUAUUUGCCUUACCGGCAAGAUUUGAUCGGAGUUUUCGCCGUGAUUAGAGGGUUACGUCGUUAAUUGAAGCUCAAUUAAUUUGUAUAGUUUUACACAACUGGACAAAAAAUUACUAUAAUAGCAAUUAGGUACUUGUUUAAAUAUUGUAUUUAUAAAUAUUUCCAUGUAACUUUUGUUUCGUGUAUUGAAGUCCAAUUCAAUGCGUUGACUCAAAGGAACGUUUGAUAUUUUUUUUUUCCAUUUU